UGCAACAAUCGGUCGAUCUGGUUCCAAAAUCUAGCUCGAACCGUGGUUCUAUACAGAACCGUUCAAGUUCGUACUUUUCCACCGUUCUGAUAUUACUUGAGUAGCCCUGCAUUUCACCCACGUAUACCAACCCACUCCACUUCACCUCACCCACAAAGACAGGGAGAGAGAGUUACACGGAUAUAUACGGGACAAUUGUACGUAUAUAUCUUUCUGUUAAUUAAAAUUGGGUUAAUAUUUAGAAAAUGUUGAGUGCAUCAAAGUUGCAGGUUUCGAACCCUGGGCGGCACAGGAAUUGCAGUGGCAGCGGAGGUGGCUUUGUUUGUUCUCAUCGCCGGCUGAGUCUCCGGUUACCUCCUCACCGUCGAUUCGCUUCUUUGAUUCUGCAAUCAGACGAUAAUGUGAAUGCCUCAAUUGAGCCAUCGGUUUCCUCCAACCUCACCUCCGCCGUUGGAUCCUCUUCCUCCUCUGCACUGAACCUCUCACAGUGGACUCUCACUCAACGCCACAUUUACAUUCUCAAUUUGAUAGCGUGCGCGGCAGCAAUUUCUGCAACGUGGCUGUUUUGCUCAGCAAUUCCGACGCUUCUGGCCUUUAAGAGAGCUGCAGAGUCACUGGAGAAGCUGAUGGACGCUACGAGGGAGGAGCUCCCUGACACAAUGGCUGCCAUUCGAUUAUCUGGGAUGGAGAUCAGUGAUUUAACGAUGGAGCUCAGUGAUCUUGGCCAAGAAAUAACACAAGGCGUGAGAAGCUCCACUCGAGCUGUUCGCUUAGCAGAAGAAAGGUUGCGCCGGUUGACAAACAUGAAUCCAUCAGUAUCCCUGCAGGCGACAAUCCCGCCAGGAACUGAGACAGUAGGACCAGCUCUAGCUAGAGCAGCGAGGGGUGCAAAGGAUGGCAUCGUUAAGGGUCGUGCAGUUUUGCAAAUACUUUUUACUCUAACCAGAUAUUCCAGGGUACUUUUCGGCUACUUCACAUCUCGAGCCAAGCAUAAUUCAACAGUAUAAAUUGAAUCUGCCUUCCGUACAUAUGCUCAACUUGAAUGAUGAUUCCGAUAUUGUCAGGCGAUGCUCAUCAUUGGAUCCUGUGGAUAAUAGAGACCUGAUUGUCUUUCUUGCCUUUAUUCUACAAAUGUGAAAGAUCUCUUUUUCUUCUUUUGUUUUCUUUCAGAUUACCCAUGUCUAGUGUGUCGAUCACAAAAUAAUCUUGACAGAUCUUGAUUACAGUCGAGAGAAUUGCUCGUA